AUGGUCCCCCCAGUCCCACCCUCCGGCAUCUGGGCCUCCCCUAUAACCCUCUUCAACCUCCGCGACAUCAUCGACUUCCAGUCCCAAAUCUCUUACUUCCAAUACCUCUCCUCGCCCAAAAUCGGUCUCGCGGGCUUUUUCGUCUUCGGCACCGAAUCCGAAGCCUCCCUACUCACCCGCCAAGAACGCCGCGACCUCCUCCGCUGCGCGCGCGACUCGGUUCCUCUCGGUUUUCCCAUCAUGGCAGGCGUUUCGGCCCCCAGCGUGAGACAGGUGCGUGAGCACAUCAUCGAUGCGAUUGCAUCCGGGGCUAAUUACGUGGUUGUUUCACCACCUGUUGGGUCUGAACCGAACAAAAAGGGAAGCAAGCAACAAAAUGAAACGGUGGACGCGUUUUUCGACGAUAUCGCCAACUACUCCCAGUUACGGAUCCUAAUCUCUGACGAAGACGGCGGGAUCGACCUCACCAGCGAACUUAUAAUCCGUCAAGCCCUGCGCCACAAAGGCAAGAUCGUCGGCGCCCACUUGCGGUCCGGCAGUAACGUGGUCGGCAAAAUCACCCGACUAGCCAGGGAAUUCCUCCCCUCUAGAAAAGAAUUUGCCAUCUUUGCGGGGCAAAGCGAUUACUUGGUCGGCGGACUGGCAGCCGGGUCAAGCGGGUGCAUCACGGCGUUUGGGAAUGUGCUGCCGUGGGCGUUGGUGUGGCAGUAUCAUGAGUAUGUGAAUGGGGAGAAGAAUAAUGAUAAGGUGAAGAGGGCGGAUGCGCUGCGCGUCAGUGGGAUGUUGGCUAAAGUGGAGGAACAGCUGUUAGAGAGUGGUGGGGGGAUUGCCGCGAUCAAGUUUGCUGCGAGCUUGUAUACGGGGUGGAGGGCCGGGGUGGUGAAGGGGACGGGGACGACGCGGAGGUAUCCAAUGGCGACGGCGGGGCAUAAGGGGAUGGAACUGUUUUUGCCGAGGAAGCCACAGGCGGAUAUUAGUAUGGAGAUGAAAGACAAGAUUUGGAAGGCGGUAAAUUGGGCGUUGGACUUGGAGAGGGAUCCGGUUGCGGAUUAUGAUUUGUUGGAGAAGGAAAAGGCGGAGGGGUCAAGGAACUGA